UGCUCGGAAAAUCGUAAAUCGAUUCUAGAUUUCUAAGUGCUACAGCAGGAGGCUUGUCUUUGUAGUUGAAUGUUGACUGUGUGUGCAUUAUGGUGAACACGAAGGAGAUUGAUUUUGUUUCCUAAGAGUAACUCACCUAUGGAAUGCAAGGGGAUAUUUGUGUUUAUUCUUUUGCUACUGACUGUACUAACAAAUGGAUUACUACGAAAAGCUCGGGACAUCCGUGACCUGAAGUCCAGAUAUAAUUACAACCAAAUACUUCUGGACAACAUCAAGCAGCCCUAUGAAAUCAUUUACCCACAACAACUGGAUAAAGGCAGGGUGUCCGACAUAUCCACACGGAAACACAAAAUUCGCCACCAUGGAACACAUGAGCACGUGGAACAGCUGACAUUGCAGGUGGUCUUGGAUGGGAAAAAAUACAAGAUCAAACUCAAUCAGAAUGAGGCUCUAUUCUCUGCUGGCAUUGUUGUGAAGCACUAUGAAGAAAACAACCAAGUUCUGACUAAGACAGUUGAACAUUGCUACUACCACGGUCAUGUGAGGAAAGAUGACUGGUCUAGUGUGGCAGUCAGCACCUGUAAUGGAAUAAGAGGUGUCAUCCAAAUGCACAAUGAGACGUAUGUCAUUCAGCCACUUAUCAAAGAUGAAAAUGCCACUGAGCAUCCUCAUGUGAUCUUCAAAGCAUCAGUUUCUCAUGGGGAGAUCUGUGGCAACAGUCAUGGGCUAUGGUCGCCAUUCCAAGAACUGCACAAAGGGGAGUUAAUCAAACGAACCAAGUUUGCUAAUGCCCAGAAGAACCAGAACCAAAAUGGUGAAAAUAAGAAUAAGCUUUUAAGGGUGGCUAUGGUAUUGGACAAAUCCAUGUACAUGGGGUUAGAGUUCAGCCAACAACAUGUGAUACAGUAUGCUGUUGAUGUGGCUAACAUUGUUGACCUGUACUACAGAGAAGUUGGGUUUGAGGUAGCACUAACAUAUCUAGAAUUCUGGAAUUUACAAAACCAUUUUUCUGUUGACAAUCACCAUCGAGCUCUGCUCAGUCGAUUUCUUCACUUCAAGCAAAAACUCAUGCCAAAAGACAACGUCUUUGAUGCUGCUUUCUUUGUCACUGAUGUUGGGCUUGAUGGUGGAAAAGUUGGCAUCGCUAUCCCAGACUCCAUUUGCUCGGAUAGAGCUGUAGCUGUUGUCAAGAGUGGUCGUCCUUUUGAACCUCAGCAAACAGCAACAAUAUUGUCACACAUGGCUGGUCACAUCCUGGGAAUGAAACAUGAUGAAGAAGCAAUUUGGAGAAACCUUUACCAUGAAGGUGGAUGCUACUGUAAAGAUGAAUUUGGUUGCAUCAUGUCUACAGAAGUCCUUGCCACUGGAGGCUUCCACUCCCGCAUGUACUCUGAGUGCAGUAAAUCAGAUCUGGAUGUUAGUCUCAACAUGGGCAUUACAUCCUGUUUAUGGGGCGCCCCUAAAGUUCAUACUGAAUUCAAACAAACCUGUGGUAACAACAUCAUUGAGAGGGGAGAAGAAUGUGAUUGUGGAACACCUGAGGAGUGCCAGCUAAAAGAUCCUUGUUGUGACCCCAGCACUUGCCUUCUCCAGCCCUGGGCACAGUGUCGCUCUGGUCCAUGUUGUAGCAACUGUUCUUUCAUUCCUUCAACACACUUGUGUCGAGCCCGCUCAUCAGAAUGUGAUGUCCCAGAGUUCUGUGAUGGCAAGUCUGGAAAUUGCCCAUUCAACACUUACAUUGAAGAUGGUCACCCAUGUGCCCAGGGCAGUGGCUACUGUAUGGGAGGUAUCUGCCCCACAGUCCACAAACAGUGUCAGGGAAUUUGGGGACCAGGUGCCCAGGGUGGACAUGAUCAAUGUUUUCAGCGCUUUAAUCCAACUGGCAACUUCAAUGGUCACUGUGGUAAGGACAAGGUGACAGGCAGCUAUGCCAAGUGCCAGAAUGAUGACAUUCUGUGUGGUUUGCUCCAUUGUGAAGGGGGCAACACAUCACCAAGGUAUGGUUCUGACAAGGGAUUCUCUGCCACACAUGUCAAUGCCAACAGUAUCAAAUAUGAGUGCAAAACUGUACAUGGCCCAGCUAUGAUGGACAUGCCCCACAUGGGCAUGGUACAGGACGGUACAAAGUGUGGUCUGAACAAAAUUUGUCUCAAGAACUCGUGUGUCAACCUGCAGGUUGUGCCUAAGCUCAACUGUCCAACCACAGAUCUGGCUCUCAUAUGCUCAGAUAAUGGGGUUUGUGCCCCAAACAAUUUAUGUUUCUGCAACUCUGGUUGGGAGGGUGAAGACUGUGCUACCAGGUCUAACAGCACAGUGCUUGAGGAGCUUGUAUCAUUUGUCCCCCUUGAAACAACCUCUGUCACCACCACUGUUAUGGAAGUCAAGGCUAUUGAGCUGAGUGAGAGGGAGAUAAGCCCACCAGAGAGCAACUUACAAGGGGAGACAAAUACUCCAGCUACUUCUCCUGUCACUGAGGAAAAUGGUGGUAUCAGCACAACCUUGCUGAUAAUUAUUCUGGCUACCGUAGUAGGGGCUUUGUUUUGUGCAAUGGGAGUGACACUUAUAUGUUACAGGAGACGUACCCCAGCAAAAAAUUUAAGCAAUAAUUCUGGAACAAACAAAAAGCAAGGUGGUAAAAAGGGAUGGCGCAGAAAGAAGAAAUGGAUUUCAAGUGAGGAUGAGAGUGAAAUGAAUGAGCUGCCCCCACCCCCCAUAAUUGUCAUGGACCCAGACAGCGUGAUGCCUGAGAAAGGUAUCCUAAAGAACUCCACUGCCAGGCUGGCAAACAAAGAACACCGGGGCAGCAGUGACUCCAACCCUGCGUCACAAACUGACCAGGACAGCGUGGGUCCUUACAUGUAUGACGAGGAUGAUGAGGAUGCAGAAGCUGAGGAAAUUUGCAACAUAUUCCGUGAUGAUUCCACAGACAACAUGGACCACCUACAGGAGUCGGCCAGCUUUGAUUUUGUCAUCCCACCUCCCCCACACCCACCCCCACCUCAGUUCCCACUCCCAGAUUAUUACCCUUCACCGUCAACGUUGCGUAAAGCUGGUCCAUAUGACAGUACCCUGCCUUUAUACGACUACGACAACCCGUACGGCCAGCAUGUCCAGUUCUUACCCCAACAGCAAGUCCCAGCAUGGCGCACAGCGCUGCCCCCUCAGACCCUCUCACCCCCCCAGUCCAGGAUCAUCAAACUGAGAAACCUCACAGACUACAUGCAGCAGCUCAACAGUAAAGCCACCAUAGACCUGUCACCAUCACCAGACGACCCACCUAACCAGCAGUUAUCCCCCUCUACCUGCACAUCAGAGGAUGUCCGCAGCAGUGAAACUGAGACUGAGCGCAUGUUUAACAGGGCCUCACACUCUGACCACAGCCCUACUUCAGUGACCAGCAGCUCCACACAGCACACUUCUGGUCCAAGCUUCGGCAACCUUAGCCAGUACUUGCUGAAAAGAAAUGAGCCAGGUACAAAAAAUGACUCUGUAGAAGAGGACCCAGGGGCACGCAACUAUAAAUCUUUUGGUCCUGACAGUCGACCCACACGUGAGCAGUAUUUGUACAGCCAUAAUGAUCUUAAUCUUGGAAUGCGUGCUAAGCCACGAGCCCGUGCGGACCCAUCUUCUAUAGACAUGCCUCCACCUAUGAAUCCUAUAAACAUUAGAAACAUCUUUGGCUUGGGUCACACCCCAGGUUCUACAGUUAGUCGAGAUAGCAACAAUACAUCUCACGGCAGCUUGAAUGGGGAUAACUGCUCCUAUACAGGGACAGGCAACUCCAAGAAUGGCUAUGAGAAGAGUUCAGGUUACGGCAGUGAGCAGGAUCCUGAAAGAUUCAGCAUCGAUGGUCACUCACGCUCAGAGUCUCACUCAAGGUCGGAGUCGCUUUCAAGGUCACAUUCAGCUUCACCCCCCAGCUACAGUGCCGUCAUCAGGACAGGCCCAAACAGGAUUCAGCUGGUCCCAGCCGGGCAGCUGGUGGAGGAUGGGAGGGAGAUUGAAGGCAUCCAGCAGGAGCUUAACCGUCUGCUGGAGAACCUGCCCCGCAUCAACGCUGGCUCCUUCGAGCGAUCUCCCCUGCAGUCAAGUGCCACGCCUAGUACGCCACUGACCGGUCCACUGCCGGCCAGUCGCCCACUCAAAGAUGAUUCAUAUGACAAUGGAACCCCGUGUAUUGACCGCAGUCUUGAGGAGAUACCUGCUCAUUUUUCUGACAAGAAAUCCUGGUCCCGCAAGGCUAAGCGCCCAAUCAGCGUGGCAGUACAGGGUAAGGCAGAGAGUUGUGAAAGUUGCUCUGAGGAGAUGCAGUCGCUUGUCGCAGACCACAAAAAAACAUAACAGCACCACCAGCCACCAUUUAUUUAAAUAUGCUGAUUAUAUCUCAUGCUAAAGUAUUAACAUGACUUACAAAAUUUAAACAUCAGUACUAUAUUUUUUAAUUGAGCAGUUAUUUCUUUUAUAAAACUCUUUUUGAAAUUUUAUAAUUAUUUUUAUAUCCAUAGCAUCCACCUGAAUCAAAAUUUUAAAACAAUGAAAUAAAAAAUAAAUUAGAUGCUGUUAAUUGUGAGCUGAUUAUUGAUUUAAAAUAUUGAUAAUCAAAAAGUUUUGUAACAACUUUUGUAACAUUUUUUGUAAAGAAACAUGAACAUCAUUAUCUUUUUUCAGUGUAAUUUAUAUUUCAGUAAAGAAAAGUAAUAUAUCUCU